AUGUGCGCCUUCAUUGUGUGGCUAAUGAAGGCCACCGUCCUUCCUGAAGCCACGCCUUCGGUUCUCAGCCAGGUGGCUUUCCAAGCGCUCAUCCCCUGCUUCAUGAUGACCAAAGUCGCCUCUACUCUCUCCGUGCAGCCUCUCUCAUCGCUCGCUUUCCUGCCUCUCCUCGCGGUCUUUCAGAUCCUGUGUGGAAUAGCGCUAGGCAAGCUGGCCUGCACCAUAGCCUACCGCCGUCCCUCCUCGCUCUCCUUGCUCCCCUCCCCUCCUUCCGCCCGCCACAUCGCCUUCUCCGUCGCCCACAGCCUCGGCCUCUCCCCCUCUGCUGCCGCCCUCCUCUCAGGCCUCCCCCUUCCGAAUCGGGACGGGGGAGAUGAGGGGACGGCAGGCGGCGAGAAGGUGGUGCCUGGGCGGGGAGUUUUGUCUGCACCUGGGAUGGUCGGGGCGGCGGAGCGGGCGGCGGGGAGGAAGGAGUCGGUGGUGAUGGCGGCAUGUGCGUUUGGGAACUCGCUCACUCUGCCUCUUGUGUUUCUGGCAACGCUGCUGACUCGCGCUGAUGCUGACAGGGCUGCUGGGUACUUGGCACUCUUCAUGGUUGGUGGAUCGACCGCCUUCUGGACCCUGGGUUACAGCAUGUUCAGAGGGGGGAGCAACAGGCAGGAAGAGGGUGACGAGGACGGGGCAGAGGGGAGUGCAGCAGCAGCAACAGCGGUGGGAGUGACGGGGUUUGAGAGUGCUGCCAGUCGUGUGAUGGAGAUGGCCAAGAAAGUGCUCAACCCGCCUAUUUAUGGGGUGCUAGCAGGUCUGCUAAUAGGAGCCACGCCACUCGGUCACUUCUUCCUCCCCGCCUCCUCCUCCACUGAUGCUGUUGCUGCCUCCUCCCUCCCAGCCGCUGCCUCAGCGUGGCUCUUCAGCCCUGCCACUGCCGGCAUUCUACACGGCCUCAUGGAGGCAGCAGCCAUUCUCGGGUCAGCCUGUGUGGCCGUGCAAACAGUAGUGCUCGCCUCUUCGCUCGCCUCCUCCAUCCCCUCCCGCAUCUCCCUCUCCUGGCUCAAACCCUCCUCCUCCUCCCCUCUGCCAGCCGGUUCCAGCCCGAACAUGAAAGUAAUAAGGGUGGAGCCACUCCCCUCUGCUGCUGUCGCUGCACCUGGUGCCAGCGCUGCUGCUGAUUCUGCUGCCGCUGCUGGGAUUGGAGUAGGUGCGGGUGGCAGUGGUGGGGAUGACAGCACUGCUAGUGAAGCAGCAGCUGGCAGCCUUUCUGCUUCUUCUGCUUCUGCUGCUGCUUCUCCCUCCUCCGCUGCUGCCCUGCCCUCCUUGCAAGAUGAUAGGGCGCUCUGGGUGGUGUGUGCUGUGCGCCUGUUGCUGCUGCCCAUGCUUGGGACUGUCACAGUCACGGUGAGGCAUGGUGGUCUCUUCUGCCCUCACUUCUUCCUCCCUCUCUCUUCCUCCCCCUCUGCUCCGCUCCGUCCCUUUCCACACUCUCUUCUUCCUGCUCACUUCCACCCCUCUCCUUUAAUAUCUCCUCUUUCUGCCCUCCGCUCUCCGCGGUCCCAUCAUCCACCAUCCCUUGCCCCACAGGCACUCUACAACGCCAAGUUAAUUCCACAAGACCUCAUCUUGUCUCAUUGUUUGUGUUGGUCUCCCUCCCUCACCCCCUUCGUGAUUUAUUCAGACCGCCAUGCCAUCGGCACAGAAUCUCGUGCUCAUGGCACAGCUCAGCCCGGCCACGAAGCCUCUCGCAGGAAUGCUUGCCUCCUUGAUGCUGCGACAGGUGGGUGUGCGUGUGAGGAACGAGGAGGGGGGACAGCGGUGGGGGAUAUGGGAUGGUGGGCGUUGUGUGAAUGGGUGCUCAUGGCGCAGCUCAGCCCCGCCACCAAGCCUCUCGCAGGAAUGCUGGCCUCCCUGAUGCUGCGACAGGGGGUGUGGGAUGGGCGGGUGCAGGGGGUGUGGGAUGGGCGGGUGCAGGGGGUGUGGGAUGGGCGGGUGCAGGGGGGUGUGGGAUGGGCGGGUGCAGGGGUGUGGGAUGGGCGGGUGCAGGGGGUGUGGGAUGGGCGGGUGCAGGGGGUGUGGGAUGGGCGGGUGCAGGGGUGUGGGAUGGGCGGGUGCAGGGGGUGUGGGAUGGGCGGGUGCAGGGGGUGUGGGAUGGGCGGGUGCAGGGGGUGUGGGAUGGGCGGGUGCAGGGGGUGUGGGAUGGGCGGGUGCAGGGGGUGUGGAUGGGCGGGUGCAGGGGGUGUGGGAUGGGCGGGUGCAGGGGGUGUGGGAUGGGCGGGUGCAGGGGGUGUGGGAUGGGCGGGUGCAGGGGGUGUGGGAUGGGCGGGUGCAGGGGGUGUGGGAUGGGCGGGUGCAGGGGGUGUGGGAUGGGCGGGUGCAGGGGGUGUGGGAUGGGCGGGUGCAGGGGGUGUGGGAUGGGCGGGUGCAGGGGGUGUGGGAUGGGCGGGUGCAGGGGGUGUGGGAUGGGCGGGUGCAGGGGGUGUGGGAUGGGCGGGUGCAGGGGGUGUGGGAUGGGCGGGUGCAGGGGGUGUGGGAUGGGCGGGUGCAGGGGGUGUGGGAUGGGCGGGUGCAGGGGGUGUGGGAUGGGCGGGUGCAGGGGGUGUGGGAUGGGCGGGUGCAGGGGGUGUGGGAUGGGCGGGUGCAGGGGUGUGGGAUGGGCGGGUGCAGGGGGUGUGGGAUGGGCGGGUGCAGGGGGUGUGGGAUGGGCGGGUGCAGGGGGUGUGGGAUGGGCGGGUGCAGGGGGUGUGGGAUGGGCGGGUGCAGGGGGUGUGGGAUGGGCGGGUGCAGGGGGUGUGGGAUGGGCGGGUGCAGGGGGUGUGGGAUGGGCGGGUGCAGGGGGUGUGGGAUGGGCGGGUGCAGGGGGUGUGGGAUGGGCGGGUGCAGGGGGUGUGGGAUGGGCGGGUGCAGGGGGUGUGGGAUGGGCGGGUGCAGGGGGUGUGGGAUGGGCGGGUGCAGGGGGUGUGGGAUGGGCGGGUGCAGGGGGUGUGGGAUGGGCGGGUGCAGGGGGUGUGGGAUGGGCGGGUGCAGGGGGUGUGGGAUGGGCGGGUGCAGGGGGUGUGGGAUGGGCGGGUGCAGGGGGUGUGGGAUGGGCGGGUGCAGGGGGUGUGGGAUGGGCGGGUGCAGGGGGUGGGAUGGGCGGGUGCAGGGGGUGUGGGAUGGGCGGGUGCAGGGGGUGUGGGAUGGGCGGGUGCAGGGGGGGGUGUGGGAUGGGCGGGUGCAGGGGGUGUGGGAUGGGCGGGUGCAGGGGGUGUGGGAUGGGCGGGUGCAGGGGGUGUGGGAUGGGCGGGUGCAGGGGGUGUGGGAUGGGCGGGUGCAGGGGGUGGGAUGGGCGGGUGCAGGGGUGUGGGAUGGGCGGGUGCAGGGGGUGUGGGAUGGGCGGGUGCAGGGGGUGUGGGAUGGGCGGGUGCAGGGGGUGUGGGAUGGGCGGGUGCAGGGGGUGUGGGAUGGGCGGGUGCAGGGGUGUGGGAUGGGCGGGUGCAGGGGGUGUGGGAUGGGCGGGUGCAGGGGGUGUGGGAUGGGCGGGUGCAGGGGGUGUGGGAUGGGCGGGUGCAGGGGGUGUGGGAUGGGCGGGUGCAGGGGGUGUGGGAUGGGCGGGUGCAGGGGUGUGGGAUGGGCGGGUGCAGGGGGUGUGGGAUGGGCGGGUGCAGGGGGUGUGGGAUGGGCGGGUGCAGGGGGUGUGGGAUGGGCGGGUGCAGGGGGUGUGGGAUGGGCGGGUGCAGGGGGUGUGGGAUGGGCGGGUGCAGGGGGUGUGGGAUGGGCGGGUGCAGGGGUGUGGGAUGGGCGGGUGCAGGGGUGUGGGAUGGGCGGGUGCAGGGGGUGUGGGAUGGGCGGGUGCAGGGGGUGUGGGAUGGGCGGGUGCAGGGGGUGUGGGAUGGGCGGGUGCAGGGGGUGUGGGAUGGGCGGGUGCAGGGGGUGUGGGAUGGGCGGGUGCAGGGGGUGUGGGAUGGGCGGGUGCAGGGGGUGUGGGAUGGGCGGGUGCAGGGGGUGUGGGAUGGGCGGGGUGCAGGGGGUGUGGGAUGGCGCGGUGCAGGGGGUGUGGGAUGGGCGGGUGCAGGGGGUGUGGGAUGGGCGGGUGCAGGGGGUGUGGGAUGGGCGGGUGCAGGGGGUGUGGGAUGGGCGGGUGCAGGGGGUGUGGGAUGGGCGGGGUGCAGGGGGUGUGGAUGGGCGGGUGCAGGGGGUGUGGGAUGGGCGGGUGCAGGGGGUGUGGGAUGGGCGGGUGCAGGGGGUGUGGGAUGGGCGGGUGCAGGGGGUGUGGGAUGGGCGGGUGCAGGGGGUGUGGGAUGGGCGGGUGCAGGGGGUGUGGGAUGGGCGGGUGCAGGGGGUGUGGGAUGGGCGGGUGCAGGGGGUGUGGGAUGGGCGGGUGCAGGGGGUGUGGGAUGGGCGGGUGCAGGGGGUGUGGGAUGGGCGGUGUUGCCAGGGGUGUGGGAUGGGCGGGUGCAGGGGGGUGUGGGAUGGGCGGGUGCAGGGGGUGUGGGAUGGGCGGGUGCAGGGGGUGUGGGAUGGGCGGGUGCAGGGGGUGUGGGAUGGGCGGGUGCAGGGGGUGUGGGAUGGGCGGGUGCAGGGGGUGUGGGAUGGGCGGGUGCAGGGGGUGUGGGAUGGGCGGGUGCAGGGGGUGUGGGAUGGGCGGGUGCAGGGGGUGUGGGAUGGGCGGUGCAGGGGGUGUGGGAUGGGCGGGUGCAGGGGGUGUGGGAUGGGCGGGUGCAGGGGGGUGGGAUGGGCGGGUGCAGGGGGUGUGGGAUGGGCGGGUGCAGGGGCGUGUGGGGAUGGGCGGGUGCAGGGGGUUGUGGGAUGGGCGGGUGCAGGGGGUGUUGGAUGGGCGGGUGCAGGGGGUUGUGGGAUGGGCGGGUGCAGGGGGUGUGGGAUGGGCGGGUGCAGGGGGUGUGGGAUGGGCGGGUGCAGGGGGUGUGGGAUGGGCGGGGUGCAGGGGUGUGGGAUGGGCGGGUGCAGGGCGGUGUGGGAUGGGAGGGGGCAGGGGGUGUGGGAUGGGGGGUGCAGGGGGUGUGGGAUGAGGCGGGUGCAGGGGUGUGGUAUGGGCGGGUGCAGGGGGUGUGGGAUGGGCGGGUGCAGGGGUGUGGGAUGGGCGGGUGCAGGGGGUGUAGGGAUGGGCGGGUGCAGGGGGUGUGGGAUGGGCGGGUGCAGGGGUGUGGGAUGGGCGGGUGCAAGGGGGUGUGGGAUGGGCGGGUGCAGGGGGUGUGGGAUGGGCGGGUGCAGGGGGUGUGGGAUGGGCGGGUGCAGGGGGUGUGGGAUGGGCGGGUGCAGGGGGUGUGGGAUGGGCGGGUGCAGGGGGUUGGGAUGGGCUGGGUGCAGGGGUGUGGGAUGGGCGGGUGCAGGGGGUGUGGGAGGGCGGGUGCAGGGGGUGUGGGAUGGGCGGGUGCAGGGGGGUGUGGGUAUGCGGCGGGUGCAGGGGGUGUGGGAUGGGCGGGUGCAGGGGUGUGGGCAUGGGCGGGUGCAGGGGGUGUGGGAUGGCGCGGUGCAGGGGGUGUGGGAUGGGCGGGUGCAGGGGGUGUGGGAUGGGCGGGUGCAGGGGGUGUGGGAUGGGCGGGUUGCAGGGGGUGUGGGAUGGGCGGGUGCAGGGGGUGUGGGAUGGGCGGGUGCAGGGGGUGUGGGAUGGGCGGGUGCAGGGGGUGUGGAUGGGCGGGUGCAGGGGGUGUGGGAUGGGCGGGGUGCAGGGGGUGUGGGAUGGGCGGGUGCAGGGGGUGUGGGAUGGGCGGGUGCAGGGGGUGUGGGAUGGGCGGGUGCAGGGGGUGUGGGAUGGGCGGGUGCAGGGGGUGUGGGAGGGCGGGUGCAGGGGGUGUGGGAUGGGCGGGUGCAGGGGUGUGGGAUGGGCGGGUGCAGGGGGUGUGGGAUGGGCGGGGUGCAGGGGGUGUGGGAUGGGCGGGUGCAGGGGGUGUGGGAUGGGCGGGGGGGGGGGUUGCAGGGGGUGUGGGAUGGGCGGGUGCAGGGGGUGUGGGAUGGCGGGUGCAGGGGGUGUGGGAUGGGCGGGUGCAGGGGGUGUGGGAUGGGCGGGUGCAGGGGGUGUGGGAUGGGCGGGUGCAGGGGGUGUGGGAUGGGCGGGUGCAGGGGGUGUGGGAUGGGCGGGUGCAGGGGGUGUGGGAUGGGCGGGUGCAGGGGGGUGUGGGAUGGGCGGGUGCAAGGGGGUGUGGGAUGGGCGGGUGCAGGGGGUGUGGGAUGGGCGGGUGCAGGGGUGUGGGAUGGGCGGGUGCAGGGGGUGUGGGAUGGGCGGGUGCAGGGGGUGUGGGAUGGGCGGGUGCAGGGGGUGUGGGAUGGGCGGGUGCAGGGGUGUGGGAUGGGCGGGUGCAGGGGGGUGUGGGAUGGGCGGGUGCAGGGGGUGUGGGAUGGGCGGGUGCAGGGGGUGUGGGAUGGGCGGGUGCAGGGGGUGUGGGAUGGGCGGAGGUGCAGGGGGUGUGGGAUGGGCGGGUGCAGGGGUGUGGGAUGGGCGGGUGCAGGGGGUGUGGGAUGGGCGGGGUGCAGGGGUGUGGGGAUGGGCGGAGGGAGGGGUGCAGGGGGUGUGGGAUGGGCGGGGUGCAGGGGGUGUGGGAUGGGCGGGUGCAGGGGGUGUGGGAUGGGCGGGUGCAGGGGUGUGGGAUGGGCGGGUGCAGGGGGUGUGGGAUGGCGGGUGCAGGGGGUGUGGGAUGGGCGGGUGCAGGGGGUGUGGGAUGGGCGGGUGCAGGGGUGUGGGAUGGGCGGGUGCAGGGGGUGUGGGAUGGGCGGGUGCAGGGGGUGUGGGAUGGGCGGGUGCAGGGGGUGUGGGAUGGCGCGGGGCCGGGGGGUGUGGAUGGGCGGGUGCAGGGGGUGUGGGAUGGGCGGAUGCCGGGGGUGUGGAUGGGCGGGUGCAGGGGUGUGGGAUGGGCGGGUGCAGGGGGUGUGGGAUGGGCGGGUGCAGGGGGUGUGGGUAUGGGUCCGGUAUGGGCGGUGCAGGGGGUGUGGGAUGGGCGGGUGCAGGGGGGUGGGAUAUGGGCGGGUGCAGGGGUGUGGGAUGGGCGGGUGCAGGGUGUGUGGGAUGGGCGGGAUGCAGGGGUGUGGGAUGGGCGGGUGCAGGGGGUGUGGGAUGGGCGGUGCAGGGGGUGUGGGAUGGGCGGGUGCAGGGGGUGUGGGAUGGGCGGGUGCAGGGGGUGUGGGAUGGGCGGGUGCAGGGGGGUGUGGGAUGGGCGGGUGCAGGGGGUGUGGGAUGGGCGGGUGCAGGGGGUGUGGGAUGGGCGGGGUGCAGGGGGUGUGUGGAUGGGGCGGGUGCAGGGGGUGUGGGAUGGGCGGGUGCAGGGGGGUGUGGAUGGGCGGGUGGCAGGGGGUGUGGGAUGGGCGGGUGCAGGGGGUGUGGGAUGGGCGGGUGCAGGGGGUGUGGGAUGGGCGGGUGCAGGGGGUGUGGGAUGGGCGGGUGCAGGGGGUGUGGGAUGGCGGGUGCAGGGGGUGUGGGAUGGGCGGGUGCAGGGGGUGUGGGAUGGGCGGGUGCAGGGGUGUGGGAUGGGCGGUGUGCAGGGGGUGUGGGAUGGGCGGGUGCAGGGGUGUGGGAUGGGCGGAGUGCAGGGGGUGUGGGAUGGGCGGGUGCAGGGGGUGUGGGAUGGGCGGGUGCAGGGGGUGUGGGAUGGGCGGGUGCAGGGGGUGUGGGAUGGGCGGGUGCAGGGGGUGUGGGAUGGGCGGGUGCAGGGGUGUGGGAUGGCGGUGCAGGGGUGUGGGAUGGGCGGGUGCAGGGGGUGUGGGAUGGGCGGGUGCAGGGGGUGUGGGAUGGGCGGGUUGCAGGGGUGUGGGAUGGGCGGGUGCAGGGGGUGUGGAUGGGCGGGUGCAGGGGGUGUGGGAUGGGCGGGUGCAGGGGGUGUGGGAUGGGCGGGUGCAGGGGGUGUGGGAUGGGCGGGUGCAGGGGGUGUGGGAUGGGCGGGUGCAGGGGGUGUGUGGGAUGGGCGGGUGGCAGGGGGUGGGAUGGGCGGGUGCAGGGGGUGUGGGAUGGGCGGGUGCAGGGGGUGUGGGAUGGGCGGGUGCAGGGGGUGUGGGAUGGGCGGGUGCAGGGGGUGUGGGAUGGGCGGGUGCAGGGGGUGUGGGAUGGGCGGGGUGCAGGGGGUGUGGGAUGGGCGGGCAGGGGUGUGGUGGGCGGGCAGGGGGUGUGGGCUGGCGGGUGCAGGGGGUGUGGGAUGGGCGGGUGCAGGGGUGUGGGCUGGGCGGGUGCAGGGGGUGUGGGAUGGGCGGGUGCAGGGGUGUGGGAUGGGCGGGUGCAGGGGGUGUGGGAUGGGCGGGUGCAGGGGGUGUGGGAAUGGGCGGGUGCAGGGGGUGUGGGAUGGGCGGGUGCAGGGUGGUGUGGGAUGGGCGGGUGCAGGGGGUGUGGGAUGGGGCGGGUGCAGGGGGUUGUGGGAUGGGCGGGUGCAGGGGGUGUGGGAUGGGCGGGUGCAGGGGGGUGUGGGAUGGGCGGGUGCAGGGGUGUGGGAUGGGCGGGUGCAGGGGGUGUGGGAUGGGCGGGUGCAGGGGGUGUGGGAAUGGGCGGGUGCAGGGGGUGUGGGAUGGGCGGGUGCAGGGGUGUGGGAUGGGCGGGUGGAGGGGGGUGUGGGAUGGGCGGGUGGCAGGGGGUGUGGGAUGGGCGGGUGCAGGGGGUGUGGGAUGGGCGGGUGCAGGGGGUGUGGGAUGGGCGGGUGCAGGGGGUGUGGGAUGGGCGAGGUGCAGGGGGUGUGGGAUGGGCGGGUGCAGGGGGUGUGGGAGGGGCGGGUGCAGGGGGUGUGGGAUGGGCGGGUGCAGGGGGUGUGGGAUGGGCGGGUGCAGGGGGUGUGGGAUGGGCGGGUGCAGGGGGUGUGGGAUGGGCGGGUGCAGGGGGUGUGGGAUGGGCGGGUGCAGGGGGUGUGGGAUGGGCGGGGUGUGGGGAGUGUGGGAUGGCGGGGUGUGGGAGUGUGGGAUGGGCGGGGUGUGGGGAGUGUGGGAUGGGCGGGGUGUGGGGAGUGUGGGAUGGGCGGGGUGUGGGGAGUGUGGGAUGGGCGGGGUGUGGGGAGUGUGGGAUGGGCGGGGUGUGGGGAGUGUGGGAUGGGCGGGGUGUGGGGAGUGUGGGAUGGGAGGGUGCAGGGGGUGUGGGAUGGGCGGGGUGUGGGGAGUGUGGGGAGUGUGGGGAGUGUGGGAUGGGCGGGGUGUGGGGAGUGUGGGAUGGGCGGGGUGUGGGGAGUGUGGGGAGUGUGGGGAGUGUGGGAUGGGCGGGGUGUGGGGAGUGUGGGGAGUGUGGGGAGUGUGGGGAGUGUGGGAUGGGCGGGGUGUGGGGAGUGUGGGGAGUGUGGGGAGUGUGGGAUGGGCGGGGUGUGGGGAGUGUGGGGAGUGUGGGAUGGGCGGGGUGUGGGGAGUGUGGGGAGUGUGGGGAGUGUGGGAUGGGCGGGGUGUGGGGAGUGUGGGGAGUGUGGGGAGUGUGGGAUGGGCGGGGUGUGGGGAGUGUGGGGAGUGUGGGGAGUGUGGGAUGGGCGGGGUGUGGGGAGUGUGGGAUGGGCGGGGAUGGGCGGGGUGUGGGGAGUGUGGGAUGGGCGGGGUGUGGGGAGUGUGGGAUGGGCGGGGUGUGGGGAGUGUGGGAUGGGCGGGGUGUGGGGAGUGUGGGAUGGGCGGGGUGUGGGGAGUGUGGGAUGGGCGGGGUGUGGGGAGUGUGGGAUGGGCGGGGUGUGGGGAGUGUGGGAUGGGCGGGGUGUGGGGAGUGUGGGAUGGGCGGGGUGUGGGAGUGUGGGAUGGGCGGGGUGUGGGGAGUGUGGGAUGGGCGGGGUGUGGGGAGUGUGGGAUGGGCGGGGUGUGGGGAGUGUGGGAUGGGAGGGUGCAGGGGGUGUGGGAUGGGCGGGGUGUGGGAGUGUGGGGAGUGUGGGGAGUGUGGGGAGUGUGGGAUGGGCGGGGUGUGGGGAGUGUGGGAUGGGCGGGGUGUGGGGAGUGUGGGGAGUGUGGGGAGUGUGGGAUGGGCGGGGUGUGGGGAGUGUGGGGAGUGUGGGGAGUGUGGGGAGUGUGGGAUGGCGGGGUCAGGGGGUGUGGGAUGGGCGGGUGCAGGGGUGUGGGAUGGGCGGGUGCAGGGGGUGUGGGAUGGGGGCGGGGGUGUGGGGAGUGUGGGAUGGGCGGGGGUGUGGGAGUGUGGGAUGGGCGGGGUGUGGGGAGUGUGGGAUGGGCGGGGUGUGGGGAGUGUGGGAUGGGAGGGUGCAGGGGGUGUGGGAUGGGCGGGGUGUGGGGAGUGUGGGGAGUGUGGGGAGUGUGGGGAGUGUGGGAUGGGCGGGGUGUGGGGAGUGUGGGGAGUGUGGGGAGUGUGGGAUGGGCGGGGUGUGGGGAGUGUGGGAGUGUGGGGAGUGUGGGAUGGGCGGGGUGUGGGGAGUGUGGGAUGGGCGGGGUGUGGGAGUGUGGGAUGGGCGGGGUGUGGGGAGUGUGGGAUGGGCGGGGUGUGGGGAGUGUGGGAUGGGCGGGGUGUGGGGAGUGUGGGAUGGGCGGGGUGUGGGGAGUGUGGGAUGGGCGGGGUGUGGGGAGUGUGGAUGGGAGGGUGCAGGGGGUGUGGGAUGGGCGGGGUGUGGGGAGUGUGGGGAGUGUGGGGAGUGUGGGGAGUGUGGGAUGGGGCGGGGUGUGGGGAGUGUGGGGAGUGUGGGGAGUGUGGGAUGGGCGGGGUGUGGGGAGUGUGGGGAGUGUGGGGAGUGUGGGAUGGGCGGGGUGUGGGGAGUGUGGGAUGGGCGGGGUGUGGGGAGUGUGGGAUGGGCGGGGUGUGGGGAGUGUGGGAUGGGCGGGGUGUGGGGAGUGUGGGAUGGGCGGGGUGUGGGGAGUGUGGGAUGGGCGGGGUGUGGGGAGUUGUGGAUGGGCGGGGUGUGGGGAGUGUGGGAUGGGCGGGGUGUGGGGAGUGUGGGAUGGGAGGGUGCAGGGGUGUGGGAUGGGCGGGGUGUGGGGAGUGUGGGAUGGGCGGGGUGUGGGGAGUGUGGAUGGGCGGGGUGUGGGGAGUGUGGGAUGGGCGGGGUGUGGGGAGUGUGGGAUGGGCGGGGUGUGGGGAGUGUGGGAUGGGCUGGGAUGGGGACGGGGUGUGGGGAGUGUGGGAUGGGCGGGGUGUGGGGAGUGUGGGAUGGGCGGGGUGUGGGGAGUGUGGGAUGGGCGGGGUGUGGGGGAGUGUGGGAUGGGCGGGGUGUGGGGAGUGGGGGAUGGGGUCGGGGUGUGGGGAGUGUGGGAUGGGGGGGGUGUGGGGAGUGUGGGAUGGGCGGGGUGUGGGGAGUGGGGAUGGGCGGGGUGUGGGGAGUGUGGGAUGGGCGGGGUGUGGGGAGUGUGGGAUGGGCGGGGUGUGGGGAGUGUGGGAUGGGCGGGGUGUGGGGAGUGUGGGAUGGGAGGGUGCAGGGGGUGUGGGAUGGGCGGGGUGUGGGGAGUGUGGGAUGGGCGGGGUGUGGGGGAGUGUGGGAUGGGCGGGGUGUGGGGAGUGUGGGAUGGGCGGGGUGUGGGGAGUGUGGGAUGGGCGGGGUGUGGGGAGUGUGGGAUGGGCGGGGUGUGGGGAGUGUGGGAUGGGCGGGGUGUGGGGAUUGUGGGAUGGGCGGGGUGUGGGGAGUGUGGGAUGGGCGGGGUGUGGGGAGUGUGGGAUGGGGCGGGGUGUGGGGAGUGUGGGAUGGGCGGGGUGUGGGGAGUGUGGGAUGGGCGGGGUGUGGGGAGUGUGGGAUGGGCGGGGUGUGGGGAGUGUGGGAUGGGCGGGGUGUGGGGAGUGUGGGAUGGGCGGGGUGUGGGGAGUGUGGGAUGGGCGGGGUGUGGGGAGUGUGGGAUGGGCGGGGUGUGGGGAGUGUGGGAUGGGCGGGGUGUGGGGAGUGUGGAUGGGCGGGGUGUGGGGAGUGUGGAUGGGCGGGGUGUGGGGAGUGUGGGAUGGGCGGGGUGUGGGAGUGUGGGAUGGGCGGGGUGUGGGGAGUGUGGGAUGGGCGGGGUGUGGGGGAGUGUGGGAUGGGCGGGGUGUGGGGAGUGUGGGAUGGGCGGGGUGUGGGGAGUGUGGGAUGGGCGGGGUGUGGGGAGUGUGGGAUGGGCGGGGUGUGGGGAGUGUGGGAUGGGCGGGGUGUGGGGAGUGUGGGAUGGGCGGGGUGUGGGGAGUGUGGGAUGGGCGGGGUGUGGGGGUGUGGGAUGGGCGGGGUGUGGGGAGUGUGGGAUGGGCGGGGUGUGGGGAGUGUGGGAUGGGCGGGGUGUGGGGAGUGUGGGAUGGGCGGGGUGUGGGGAGUGUGGGAUGGGCGGGGUGUGGGGAGUGUGGGAUGGGCGGGGUGUGGGGAGUGUGGGAUGGGCGGGGUGUGGGGAGUGUGGGAUGGGCGGGGUGUGGGGAGUGUGGGAUGGGCGGGGUGUGGGGAGUGUGGGAUGGGCGGGGUGUGGGUGGGAGUAGGUGGGAUGGGCGGGGUGUGGGGAGUGUGGGAUGGGAGGGUGCAGGGGGUGUGGAUGGGCGGGGUGUGGGGAGUGUGGGAUGGGCGGGGUGUGGGGAGUGUGGGAUGGGCGGGGUGUGGGGAGUGUGGGAUGGGCGGGGUGUGGGGAGUGUGGGAUGGGCGGGGUGUGGGGAGUGUGGGAUGGGCGGGGUGUGGGGAGUGUGGGAUGGGCGGGGUGUGGGGAGUGUGGGAUGGCGGGUGUGUGGGAGUGUGGGAUGGGCGGGGUGUGGGGAGUGUGGGAUGGGAGGGUGCAGGGGGUGUGGGAUGGGCGGGGUGUGGGGAGUGUGGGAUGGGCGGGGUGUGGGGAGUGUGGGAUGGGCGGGGUGUGGGGAGUGUGGGAUGGGCGGGGUGUGGGGAGUGUGGGAUGGGCGGGGUGUGGGGAGUGUGGGAUGGGCGGGGUGUGGGGGAGUGUGGGAUGGGCGGGGUGUGGGGAGUGUGGGAUGGGAGGGUGCAGGGGGUGUGGGAUGGGCGGGGUGUGGGGAGUGUGGGAUGGGCGGGGUGUGGGGAGUGUGGGAUGGGCGGGGUGUGGGGAGUGUGGGAUGGGCGGGGUGUGGGGAGUGUGGGAUGGGCGGGGUGUGGGGAGUGUGGGAUGGGCGGGGUGUGGGGAGUGUGGGAUGGGCGGGGUGUGGGGAGUGUGGGAUGGGCGGGGUGUGGGGAGUGUGGGAUGGGAGGGUGCAGGGGGUGUGGGAUGGGCGGGGUGUGGGGAGUGUGGGAUGGGCGGGGUGUGGGGAGUGUGGGAUGGGGGGGUGUGGGGAGUGUGGGAUGGGCGGGGUGUGGGGAGUGUGGGAUGGGCGGGGUGUGGGGAGUGUGGGAUGGGCGGGGUGUGGGGAGUGUGGGAUGGGCGGGGUGUGGGGAGUGUGGGAUGGGCGGGGUGUGGGGAGUGUGGGAUGGGAGGGUGCAGGGGGUGUGGGAUGGGCGGGGUGUGGGGAGUGUGGGAUGGGCGGGGUGUGGGGAGUGUGGGAUGGGCGGGGUGUGGGGAGUGUGGGAUGGGCGGGGUGUGGGGAGUGUGGGAUGGGCGGGGUGUGGGGAGUGUGGGAUGGGCGGGGUGUGGGGAGUGUGGGAUGGGCGGGGUGUGGGGAUUGUGGGAUGGGCGGGGUGUGGGGAGUGUGGGAUGGGCGGGGUGUGGGGAGUGUGGAUGGGCGGGGUGUGGGGAGUGUGGGAUGGGCGGGGUGUGGGGAGUGUGGGAUGGGCGGGGUGUGGGGAGUGUGGGAUGGGCGGGGUGUGGGGAGUGUGGGAUGGGCGGGGUGUGGGGAGUGUGGGAUGGGCGGGGUGUGGGGAGUGUGGGAUGGGCGGGGUGUGGGGAGUGUGGGAUGGGCGGGGUGUGGGGAGUGUGGGAUGGGCGGGGUGUGGGGAGUGUGGGAUGGGCGGGGUGUGGGGAGUGUGGGAUGGGCGGGGUGUGGGGAGUGUGGGAUGGGCGGGGUGUGGGGAGUGUGGGAUGGGCGGGGUGUGGGGAGUGUGGGAUGGGCGGGGUUGUGGGGAGUGUGGGAUGGGCGGGGUGUGGGGAGUGUGGGAUGGGCGGGGUGUGGGGAGUGUGGGAUGGGCGGGGUGUGGGGAGUGUGGGAUGGGCGGGGUGUGGGAGUGUGGGAUGGGCGGGGUGUGGGGAGUGUGGGAUGGGCGGGGUGUGGGGAGUGUGGGAUGGGCGGGGUGUGGGGAGUGUGGGAUGGGCGGGGUGUGGGGAGUGUGGGAUGGGCGGGGUGUGGGGAGUGUGGGAUGGGCGGGGUGUGGGGAGUGUGGGAUGGGCGGGGUGUGGGGAGUGUGGGAUGGGCGGGGUGUGGGGAGUGUGGGAUGGGCGGGGUGUGGGGAGUGUGGGAUGGGCGGGGUGUGGGGAGUGUGGGAUGGGCGGGGUGUGGGGAGUGUGGGAUGGGCGGGGUGUGGGGAGUGUGGGAUGGGCGGGGUGUGGGGAGUGUGGGAUGGGCGGGGUGUGGGGAGUGUGGGAUGGGCGGGGUGUGGGGAGUGGUGGGAUGGGCGGGGUGUGGGGAGUGUGGGAUGGGCGGGGUGUGGGAAGUGUGGGAUGGGCGGGGUGUGGGGAGUGUGGGAUGGGCGGGGUAGUGGGGAGUGUGGGAUGGGCGGGGUGUGGGGAGUGUGGGAUGGGCGGGGUGUGGGGAGUGUGGGAUGGGCGGGUGUGGGGAGUGUGGGAUGGCGGGUGUGGGGGAGUGUGGGAUGGGCGGGUUGUGGGGAGUGUGGGAUGGCGGGGUGUGGGGAGUGUGGGAUGGGCGGGGUGUGGGGAGUGUGGGAUGGGCGGGGUGUGGGGAGUGUGGGAUGGGCGGGGUGUGGGGAGUGUGGGAUGGGCGGGGUGUGGGGAGUGUGGGAUGGGCGGGGUGUGGGGAGUGUGGGAUGGGCGGGGUGUGGGGAGUGUGGGAUGGGCGGGGUGUGGGGAGUGUGGGAUGGGCGGGGUGUGGGGAGUGUGGGAUGGGCGGGGUGUGGGAGUGUGGGAUGGGCGGGGUGUGGGGAGUGUGGGAUGGGCGGGGUGUGGGGAGUGUGGGAUGGGCGGGGUUGUGGGGAGUGUGGGAUGGGCGGGGUGUGGGGAGUGUGGGAUGGGCGGGGUGUGGGGAGUGUGGGGAGUGUGGGGAGUGUGGGAUGGGCGGGGUGUGGGGAGUGUGGGAUGGGCGGGGUGUGGGGAGUGUGGGAUGGGCGGGGUGUGGGGAGUGUGGGAUGGGCGGGGUGUGGGGAGUGUGGGAUGGGCGGGGUGUGGGGAGUGUGGGAUGGGCGGGGUGUGGGGAGUGUGGGGAGUGUGGGGAGUGUGGGAUGGGCGAGGCCCUUCCUCUUCUCUUCCUCUCACUCACUUUCCUUCUAUUUUUCCAACCCCUCCCUUCCGUCCCCUGCAUACGCCAUUACCAUGCCGCCCAUCACUGUGUGGAUCACAGUGUUCCCAGUGCAACCUUCAUGCCUUCCAAACCCCCAUCCCUCGCCCUCGCUCGCUAUCCUUCCCAUCUACCCUCCCCUCCGUCCCCUGCAGUACGCCAUUUCCAUGCUCCCCAUCACAGUGUGGAUCACGUACGCCAUUGCCAUGCUCCCGAUCACAGUGUGGAUCACCGUCUUCCUCUCACGCCUCAACAUGGCCUUUCCCUCCCCCAUGCGUCCCCUUACCCUGCUAAUCCUGCCCUUCUUCCCCUGCAGUUCGCCAUUGCCAUGCUCCCCAUCACAGUAUGAGUCACAGCUAUUCUCUCCUUCCCUCUCACUCCUGUCCUCUCUGCCCUCACUCCUGUCGCCCAAUCACCAUUUCCACCCCUCCGUCCCCUGCACAAGGAACGGAACCACAAUGGAACACCACCACCAUCAGCAGCAGCAGCAGCAGCAGCAGCAGCAGCAGCAGCAGCAGCAGCAGCAGCAGCAGCAGCAGCAGCAGCAGCAGCAGCAGCAGCAGCAGCAGCAGCAGCAGCAGCAGCAGCAGCAGCAGCAGCAGCAGCAGCAGCAGCAGCAGCAGCAGCAUCCGUGGCAGCAGCAGCGGCGGCGACGGCAGCAGCAGCGGCGACGGCAGCAGCAGCGCAUCAGGCAGUGGCGGAGGGAAGAUUAA